UGUGGAAUUAUUGCUCCGUCAUUGUGGCUAUAUAUGAUCAGUUUGUUGAUCCUGGAAAUAGUCGCGUGCGAUACGAGUGCUGCGUAGUAACACUCUGCAAACGAACAGGGUGUACGACGCCUACGGCCCAGAGUCAGCCGAGAUAGGCUCCAUCCAGCUCGCUCGCCGACCUCGAGAGAAUGAGCGCGAUGGAAGGAUGCGUGAGUCUCCGUAUAUCCUAACCCGGUUUGAUCCUCGACUGCUUCCCGGAGUUAACCCGUCGCUGCCAAAUUGCCUGGCAGCGCGUCGGGAGCACUCACGGAGUCCGUCAAAGGUAGAAGAAGGUAGCCUCGGAAACACAAGCAGGCCUCGGCCGCCGGACAGUCGGACCCGCCAGGCCAGGAGCAGCGCCGCCAACGCGCUAUUUGUGUACGAAUGGUGACGGCGAAAUAGAAUGCGGUACAGGGCGUGCGUCACCCGACGACACGUUCCCCGACAGUGCCUCUUUGUAACCGGGUCGGACCCUUGUUGAGCUCGGGCAUGGGACCUCGGAGGUUUAGCCAUCGUCGAGCUAGCUAACAGGCGGAGUGGACAGCAACUUUCCCCCCUUUUACCCGCCGAGUUUUUCAACCUGGGCUACUGGCAAUUAUGUCGGAUUGAUUAUAUCCGCAAGUAGACGGCGUUUUAUAUGGUUGUCUCGGCCUGGCUUUGGAUAAUAGAAAAGGCCCGUAAAUGUUUCGGGGCGCCGCGAAGCUAAUCCGUUAGCCGCUCCAAGUUAGCUUCGCGUCCGUCGACCAUCAAUGAAGGAGUACAAAGUGGUAGUGCUGGGUAGCGGCGGCGUCGGUAAAUCGGCGCUGACCGUCCAGUUCGUCACCGGGACAUUCAUCGAGAAGUACGACCCCACCAUCGAGGACUUUUACAGGAAGGAGAUCGAGGUGGACUCGUCGCCUUCCGUGCUGGAGAUCCUGGACACGGCGGGCACCGAGCAAUUCGCCUCCAUGCGGGACUUGUACAUUAAGAACGGACAGGGAUUCAUCCUGGUCUACAGCCUGGUUAACCAACAGUCUUUCCAGGACAUCCGACCAAUGCGAGACCAAAUUGUGCGAGUGAAGCGCUUCGAGAAGGUGCCGCUGAUUCUUGUGGGCAACAAGGUGGACCUGGAGUCAGAGCGUGAGGUGGCGGGCUCGGACGGCCGCGCCCUGGCCCAGGAGUGGGGCUGCCCCUUCAUUGAGACCUCAGCUAAGAGCAAGACCAUGGUGGAUGAGCUGUUCGCCGAGAUCGUGCGUCAGAUGAACUAUUCCACGCUGCCUGAAAAGCAGGAGCAGUGCUGCACCGCCUGUGUGGUACAGUGAACAAGAGAUGCAGUGUUUGCCUGAAUCAGAAGCAAGGGGGCGAGGGGUUCCCCCGACUGCACAACAUGACCGCACUGCUAACUUUGAAGGCUUGCGAGCGUCUUAACAUACGUACGUCUGGCAGCUGAGAUGUCACUCCUAUUUUUGAUAUCCCGACUGUCAGUGGGACAUUUGGUUCUGUGCCGCCACUUGAAAAGCCUUGAAAGGGACACUGAGAGAUUUGACACGGAGUCAACUACUCUUGAAUUUCGCCCCCCCAAUCCCCUUCCCCUCCUUCCUUUUAGUGAGAAAUCAUACCAGCCCCUCCGCCGCAAAGUGUAAUAAACAACAAGAGUGUUUGUGAGAUUGCAGCUCCUUUUUCAAGCUGCCCUAAUCACCGUUCUAUACUUUCUUAUUAUUCAAACUUGUAUCACUAUGGGAAGCCAUUGGGGAUUUAUUAUGUAUCCUUGACAUCCAGCUUAAAGUAUGUGUACUAGUACACUCUCUGUCAACACUAGCAAGACAAUUCAGUGCACGAGUGCUCUUUUUAUAGUAGAAGACUUUUAUGCUGAACUUGUUGUACUACUCAGCCUGACUAAUAGGCACGCCUCACCCACUAGUAGGCUCCUGGACCCCACUCGUAACACCAAAAUGUCCAUGAAUCAUCCUACUAGUCAGGACAAAGGCCUUACUAGUACAAGCUGGACCGUAAGGAUCCUUGAGUGCUUGUUCGAUCUCAUUGACAUCCAGCUCAAGGUCCUUAUCCUAGUACACGCUUCAUCUUUGCAAGUAAGACAAUUCAGCACACGCCUAGGGCGCACUCGUAGAACAAUUGUGUGUUUGUAAUGAUUGUUUCUAGCCCUGUUUGAAAUUUCUGCUGAUUAGUAUGACAAUUUUGGUAUACCAGUAGGACAACUACAAGUUAGUCGCGAAGAAAAACUGCACUCGUCAACAUCUGCACACAACUUGUUCAAUUCGUGAGGUGCCAGAUGUUAACUGGUAGAAUUUGAGCUAGGUAGGACAAGUACCGCGGGACACCACAAGUUAGUAGUGAAGCAAAACUGCACUAGUUGACAUCUGCCAACUACUGGUACGACUAGUAGAGCACUAGAUGUUAAGUUGUAAAAUAUGUGACCACUGGUUUCAUUUGUCAACUGAUGUGCAAUUUUGCCUCACGGCUUACAUGUAGUUGUCCUACUAGUAGUACCAAACUGGUCUUAACGAGUGAAGAAAAAGCGCAGUAGUACGUGGACCUCCAGAUGGACUUCAAGGAUAUUGAUUAAAUGUUCAAAUGGCAUUCCGUAAAACUGUUUUUGCAUCUAUUUGAUAUCCUUAAAGGUCCAAUUACUACUAGUAUACUCGUUGUCCACAGGAUGACUAUUUGGUGCACUAGUAGAACAACUACUGCCUUUCAUUGGGCCUAGUAUUGUUUACAAGUAUAACACAGUCAUUAAAUAGUGAGAUUUGUGAACUCAUACAUGGUGCAUAAACUGGAUAUCAAGGACAUAGAAAAAAUGCUCAAAAUGGCUUUCCAUACGUCACAAUUUUUUGGAGUUUGAAGUAUUUCAUCUUCUGACAUUUUUGAAUUUUAAGCAUGCACACUUAAGUUGCGCUUCCUGUAUCAUUUUAUUUUUAUUUUUUUAGUUUGAGGAAAUGUUGACUCUGGCAGGAUGUUCAACUUUAUUGAACUGACUCCUCUUUUUUUUCCAGUAAAGUCCAUCGUUAAAACUUCAAAUCCACAUGUUCAAAAUUGAAAAGGUUUAAUGCAAUCCUUUUGAGUUGCUAAAACGAGCCACGUUUUGAACGAAUUCUACGCAGCCUCAGAUACACGAGCGCAUGGAUCACAUGGACGCCUGUCUUCGUGCGCUUUUCUCCUGACGUCUUAGCGGCGGGGGAAGGAUUGUGCAAGGACCAAAGCGAGCAUGCACCUCCACAUGCACAUUUUGACUUUUUUUCAUUUCAACUUGGCCAUUUGUUGUCGUUCAGUAACUCCAGCUGUGUGUUAAGCGGAUUUAACAUGGCUUUCUGUUUCGUUUUUUUUUUUUUUUUUUUUUUUUUAAUAGUAUCAUAUUUAUUAAAAACUAACAAUGUGAGUAGCCAGUUUUAAACAGUUAAUUUUAUACUAGUUUUCUGCUUUGGUGACAUCCGGCUACAAAGGUAUAUAUUGUGGGGUAUUUUUUGUUUGUUUUGGUUUUAUAUUAAGAUGAGAAUUUAACAGAGCCUUAAAAUAAUUUCUGGUG